UUUUUCUUGUUCCCUUUACAAUAUUUUCUUGAUUUAAAGCACAUAAUAUAUAAAGAUGACAGCAUCAGUGAAAACCAUGGAGUUCCCCAUGGUGCUACUCAGAUUAGCAGACUGGUUCUUGUACCAGUUCUUGGCAAACUCAUGUUACAGAGCAGCAAUGAAGAUCAAGAACCAUGGUUUCAGCUUCUUCCUCAAGAACCCAUCAAUCAGAUCAUCAUCAUCUCAUCAGUUCCCUCUUUACCCUAGUCUCACAAAAUGCAAUCUCCAUGGCAGAAAAUAUCAAACACUCGUGUGUGACAUCCAUGGCUGCCUGCUGAGAUCCCACUCUUUCUUUCCUUACUUCAUGCUGGUUGCUUUUGAAGGUGGCAGCAUUUUCAGGGCCUUCUUGCUGCUUCUAUCUUGCCCCUUCUUGUUGAUUUUGGACUAUGAGCUGAAACUGAGGGCCAUGAUUUUCUUGACUUUUUGUGGGCUCAGGUUGAAGGACAUGGAAAGUGUGUCCAGAGCUGUUUUACCUAAAUUCUACCUUGAAAACCUCAAUUUUCAUGCUUAUGAGGCCGUCUGUUCAGCUGGAUCUAAGGUGGUCUUCACAAGUGUGCCUAGGGUUAUGGUGGAGGGGUUUCUUAAGGAGUAUCUGAGUGUUGAUUCUGUUGUGGGAACUGAGCUGCAGACAAAAGGGAAGUUCUUCACUGGUUUGGUUUCCUCUUCAGGAUUGCUUGUGAAACACAGAGCUCUUAAGGAGUUGUUUGGUGACAAAAGACCAGAUAUUGGUAUUGGGAGCUCAAGCCUUCAUGACCAUUUGUUAAUCUCUCUUUGCAAGGAAGCAUAUGUGGUAAGCAAAGAAGAAGCCAAGUCCAAUCCAAGCUCAGUAAUGCCAAGAGACAAAUACCCAAAACCACUAGUUUUCCAUGACGGGCGGCUGGCGUUCCUGCCAACGCCAUUUGCAACUCUAUCGAUGUUCAUGUGGCUGCCCAUCGGAAUCCUGCUAGCCGUCUUCCGACUAUUUGUGGGCAUAUGCUUGCCCUACAAUCUAGCCAUCCUUCUUGGCAUAGCCAGUGGAGUAAACCUCAAAGUAAAAGGCUGCCCUCCCAUGAAAUCCCAGAAUGGCAAAGGUGUCCUCUAUGUCUGCACCCACAGAACCCUCCUGGACCCUGUUUUCCUCAGCACCUCCCUAGGAAAACCCUUGACAGCAGUCACAUACAGCCUGAGCAAAAUGUCCGAAAUCUUGGCCCCCAUCAGAACAGUCAGGCUAACCAGAGACAGAAAACGAGACGGCGAAACAAUGCAGAAAUUGCUGAGUGAAGGAGACCUAGUGGUUUGCCCUGAAGGCACCACUUGCAGGGAACCGUAUCUGCUUAGAUUCAGCUCUUUAUUUGCGGAACUGGCCGACGAAAUCGUGCCCGUUGCCAUGAACACCGAUGUGACCAUGUUCUACGGCACAACGGCAAGUGGGCUCAAGUGCUUGGACCCCAUCUUCUUCUUGAUGAAUCCUAGGCCGAGCUAUAGCGUCGAGAUUCUUGGGAAGGUGCCGAGAGAGCUCACCUGUGCGGGCGGGAAGUCUAGCUAUGAGGUGGCGAACUAUAUACAGAAGGAAUUGGGUAUGGCAUUGGGGUUUGAGUGCACUAGUCUUACGAGAAGGGACAAGUACUUGAUGCUGGCGGGGAAUGAAGGUGUAGUACAGGAAAAGAGAAGAAAACCCUAAUGGGAUUUUGGUUGAUGGUGGUGGUGGUGACGAUUUUUCUUUUUUUUUU